AUGCGUGAAUACAAAAUAGUCGUGCUUGGUAGUGGUGGCGUUGGUAAAUCAGCAUUGACUGUACAGUUUGUUCAAGGAUUAUUUGUUGAAAGAUAUGAUCCAACGAUUGAAGAUAGUUAUCGAAAACAAGUAGAAGUCGAUGGACAACAAUGUAUGCUUGAAAUUUUGGAUACUGCUGGAACAGAACAAUUUACUGCUAUGCGAGAUUUGUAUAUGAAAAAUGGUCAAGGAUUUGUACUUGUAUAUUCAAUAACUGCUCAAUCGACAUAUUAUGAGCUUAUUGAUUUACGUGAUACAAUUCUUAAAGUAAAAGAUACAGCUGAUGUACCAAUGGUAUUAGUAGGAAAUAAAUGUGAUCUUGAAGAUGAACGUGUAAUUGGGAAAGAAGUUGGUCAAACAUUAGCACGUAAUUGGAAUGCAACAUUUCUUGAAACAUCUGCUAAACAAAAAAUAAAUGUUAAUGAGAUAUUUUUUGAUCUUGUUCGUCAAAUAAAUAAACGAACAGCAGUAAAUAAAGAUAAAAAAAUUAAAAAUAAAAAUUCUGGUCAAAUUAUGAAUUCAAAUCUAUCAGCGUCAAGUGGAAACAAUGAUGUUGAUAAUUUACCAACAAAUUUAUCAAAUCCAGCAACUGUUUCAAAUGAUCAAGGUUGUUGUAUACUUUUAUAA